GUACAUGUAGAAUGCACGUGAAGCCACCCCACGUGACUUGGUGGAGUCGGUGAGGGGCGUGGACCCACAUCGCCUUCGGGAUUGCUGCGAAUUCUAGGAAAAGUUUCGUAGCGAGUCUGGCCUACGCAUCCCAACGACCACAUUCUUCAAAUCCAACACCCCCAAGAUGCCUCAGAACGAGUACAUUGAGCGCUGGCAAAAGCUGCAUGGCAAGAGGCUUGACCAUGAUGAACGUCUCAGGAAGCGCGAGGCCCGUGAGGGGCACAAACGAUCGGAGCAGUCGCAGAAUCUCAGAGGCCUGCGGGCCAAGUUGAUGCACGAGAAGCGACGUGUCGAGAAGAUCCAGAUGAAGAAGCGCAUCAAGGCCCACGAAGAGCGCAACGUCAAGGCAGCCGACAACAGCGAUCCGUCCACACCCUUGCCACCUUACCUCCUCGACCGUAACGACCCCCAGAAUGCGAAGGCGCUGGCUUCGUCCAUCAAGGACAAGCGAAAUGAGAAGGCCGCCCGCUUCUCGGUGCCGCUGCCGAAAGUGCGUGGUAUUUCCGAGGAGGAGAUGUUCAGCGUCGUCAAGACGGGCAAGAAGACACACAAGAAGGCAUGGAAGAGGGUCAUCACCAAACCCACCUUUGUCGGCAACGAUUUCACACGAUCAAACCCCAAGGUCGAGCGCUUCAUUCGACCCAUGGGACUGCGUCAGAAGACCGCACACGUCAGCCAUCCGACACUCGGCGUCACCCUGAAAUUGCCUAUCUUGGGAGUGAAGAAGAACCCCCAGGACCCCAUGUACACCAGACUCGGCGUUCUCACAAAGGGAACCGUUAUCGAGGUGAAUGUGAGCGAACUGGGCAUGACCACAGCCGGUGGUAAAGUCGUAUGGGGUAGAUAUGCACAGAUCACAAACAACCCAGAGAACGAUGGCACGGUGAACGCGCUACUUCUGGCUUAAACUGGGGCUGACGCUUUGUUUUCGAAUGGCAGAUGGAAUUGGCAAUAAAGAACAGCAUUCUCGCGCGGUGCUUCAGUUUCGAGCACACCUGUGUUGUUGAUUCAUCAUGGAGUUUAGGGGACGGUCAGGUUACGACCAAAACGUCGAAUGACUUGUGUGUUUUCAUGGCAUGGUGAAAAGCGAACCUUAGAUAGUUGGCACAGGCUUCUUAACGAUCCAAGAGCCUACUCAAUGUACAACGGCAUGUCAACCUCCGCAGUCCCGUGACCAACCAGCAUGAUCACCCCUGGCAAGGGUCCUAUCUACCCAGUCUUGCGCUAAGGAUUCCGCGGCAUAGUGAUCAGGGUCGGCUCAGUCGAUAGGUGUUCCCCGCCCAUUUGCCGGAUUCGCG